AUGUCUAACCGGUGGCUCGCCCGGUGCAUACCCGUCCUGGAUCGCAUCUUCCCCGCGCUCGUGAACCUGCGCACCCUCCAAAUCAAAUUUCAUGGUCUCCUGUGGCGCAACAUCGCAGGGAUACGUUCUUCCUUUCUCUCCGCUUCCAAGCUCCCUGACCUCCACCAAGUCACGAUAUCAGGCAUCUACAGCGUUCCCAGCCUGGACACACUAUUCACCUUGUUCGAAGGUUCGAACAUCGCCGAUAUCCGCUUGAUGAACGUCACUACUGGCGGUAGUCUGAAGGACAGUCCACGGACACGGACACAUCAUGUCCCAGGAUCCGUAGCACCAAUACCCCUCGAAACCCUCUCCCUUUCCCUCGAGAACAAGGAGCUCUGGCGCCUCUCGUCCUGGCUCGCCGACCCAUCAUGUGUCCUGCAUCUUUCCGGGUUACGAAAACUGCGUCUCAAUAUAGUCGUUGCGCAGGAAAUGAAAGCCGUGUGUAGGCUCCUUAAAACACUGCAGAUACCUUCCCUGGAAGCGAUAGAGAUCCAAUUGGAGACCUUCGAUUACGUCAGCGACCCAGAAGACAUUCCUGAUCUCAGCCGUUUCCGGCACGUCCGUCUGACAGUGACACCAGAGUACGUUUCCGGUAGUGGGAUGUACGAGUUGGAUGUAGAGAUAGCCUCGUUCGUCGCGUUCUGCUGGUCGCAGAUGUUGAGCGGCUUCAGGGAGAACGCCAUCGAGAGCGUGGCGCUCCUGCUCCCCAAGGCGGCCCAACGCGUGCGUUGCACUGCUCUCGACGCGGCGCUGACGCGUGCUGACAUGUCGCAUUUGCGACGGGUGUACCUCGAGGACGAGACCGCCACGGAGUAUCGUGAUGAGGUGAUCAAGGACAUACUUCCUAAUCUCUACGAAAAAGGUCUUCUAGGUUGA